ACUGUCCAGAGGUUCCACAAAUCAGUGUCUUUCCGGAAAAAGUGGAGUGUCUCUUCCAGCAGUUUUUGAAAGAAAUGUGCGGGAAGCCAUCGACAAUUAUACUUGUGAAACACUUUCAUCACUUUCAUCUAGCGGCUGUACGACACCCACAGACUUGAAUAAUUCUUGGUCUGGAAUAAACAGCUAUACUACUGGUUUGUCUACUGAAAGAAGUUCAGUUUACUCCUGGAGGGAUGAUGAAUUUGAUAAAGCCAACACACAGAGAGUGCAUCAGUUAUUCUGGGAGAUUGAUGAAAUGCUGUUUGAAGGAAAAGUGACCUCCCAAACUGAGAGCCUGCAGGCAGAAUGUGCAGACUGGGUUGAACAAUUUCCUCAUCUAAGGGUUCUAGGAAAGCAGCUCCUAUUGCCAAAGGAUGAAGGCUUUCAGCAUUUUCAGAGUAGAAGUGAUAACUCUGUGGCUACUAAGUGUUUACCUGGCCUCCAUGAAAGUACCAGUAAUAUAAAAGAGCUCUGCAUUUCAGGCUCUAAACUGAUCCCAACAGCAUCUCCAAUACAUAAAGCACUAGAUUCAAGUUCCACUGGCAUUUCUGCCUCUGAUUCAUCCGUGUAUUCAUUCCUGGAAGAAGAAAUCUAUGAUGUGGAUGGGAAAAUAGAAGAAUACCUUGCCUUUGACAACAAGGAACUUGAUGAUGAGAGUUGGGAACAACAGAAAAUGCGUCUUGCUGAGAAGAGGAGUAAGCGUGGCAUUCCCCCUGUUUCUCCCAAUGCCUGUAUCAAAGAUGCCGUGGCUUCUGAAGUAUUUGAUUGUAUCUGGAGCAAUGUAAUUGGAAUAUUGGAGGAACUGAUUAAAAAAAAUUGGGAAACUAGUAUCACAGAGGGUGACAAACAAGUGGAAAAACUGAAAGCUGUUACAGCAAAACUGCCACAUUUGCCAGUCAUUCGUAUUUCAGCGGAUGCUGGGAGCAUUCCUCUUUCCAGAGGCUCUGAAGCACGAAGUGUAUCUUUUGGGUCUCAUCUUGUUUCCUCGCAGGUUCACCGUUUCUCCAGCAACUUCUGUAGUGAUUUGAAUGGUGUGAUGACAAUUCAAGCAAAACCGCUCCAACAGAGGCAUGUUGCCACAGUAGAAAAAAUACAGAAUGAGCAAGAAGACAAACAGCAUAGCAUUGGCUCCAGUGCUCCAAAUUCAGUGCACACUAGGUUGUGGAGAAUUGCUGAUAACAGUGUUCUCUCAUCAUCUCGGGUACCACUGACAUCUUCUAGGAAGCUACCAAGCCAUCGUAGGUUACCUUCUCUCACUUCUGACCAACUCUCCUCAAAAGCUCCUAAUAUGUACAAUGAUGAAAUCCUUAGGGGGACUAAAUUGGGUGCCAGCUCGGAUCGUUUAUCUUCUGCUCGUGCACCUACAACCCGGAACAAGUUACCACCAAUAAACUCAGAGGCUGUUGAACAGUAUCUUUCAGUACCUCGACUGCAACAGAGCUCUCAUCGAGGACGAUAUGCUCAUAGCAGAGUGUCAAGUGCAGUGCCUGGCAGUACAGAGCAACAACCACUCAGAGAAAGAACUGUUAUUGUUGAUCAAUUUUCAAGGCCCAAUACAACUCAUACAUUCAGGGUAUGUUACAACACAGACACACCUCAGAAGAGAUCACUGACUCCCAUGGAUUUUGCUAACCACAGAGGGACAGGUCAAGGAUUUUUAAUAGGCUCACAGCGUUACUACAGAUCCUUUCAGAGAAAGCCUCCAACUGCAAGGAAGAGAUUUCAGAUUGCUUCUUAACCCAGCUUAGGAAGAAACAGAAGCUCCCUGCACUGAACGGAAGACUGAAGCACUAAAUUUGCCAGCUAUUAUCUUGUGUAACAAAUAACACAUGCAGUACGCUGGUUUCUGCUGAGCCUUGCAAUCCUCAGGAUGCCUCUAUCACCGGCUUUUAAAGUUGUCUGGCCAGAAUAGAGCAAAAUGAAAUAAACGGUUGAGCUUCCAGUUCUGUUUGCAGAGUCAAGAUGCUGCUGCUGCUGCACUUUCUUCUCAGGCAUUCCUCCUUUUUCUGUCUUUCCUUAGGGAAUUGUUAUUUUAUCUAUAGAAGCAAAUAAGUUAUGUUUAGACCUUGAAGUCCUAUUCCCACUUUGUCAUGUUUCCUCAGUGUUAAAGAUGUUCUAGUUUAUCCAAAACUCAGUCAUAUAUAAAAUCCAUACUUUUAAACAGGAGUUUGGUAUCUCCUUUUUAACUGCUGUUUUAACAUUUUUCCAUUUUUCAGUCUGUGGUUUUUGCAGUUCCUCUCUUGUAAAUACUGUCUGUCCCUACUUUUUCUUCUUCCUUUAAUUCUUUUGAGAUGGAAUUCGUUCGCUGCUUCUGCU